GUUGCAGUUGCAAUAACUUUGAAUCCAACCAAAAAUAUAGAAAACAGAAAGGGGGAGACAUUUAUAAACACACUUCAGUUUCAGUGAAAUCUGGUUGAAAGUUAGACCUGGAAAUAAGUUUGCUGGAGACCCUGCAGUAGUUUCAGAAAUUAUUAUAUAGACCUAUAGUGCUUCAAGGAUAAUCAGUUCAUUUGUUAGUAAUGAAAUCCUAAUGUCAAUGAAACACAGUGGGCUCUGUGUUUGCAGUUCUCACAAACACCACAGAAAUCAUUUUGAUAAGUUGUUAUCCUUCAUCUUGAAAUAUUACUACUGUUUUUUUUAAACAUACUGAAGCAAAUAAAAUGAAUGAGGGCCAUUCAAACACAGAAAUGAGGCAAGAAUGAAAUAUUUAACUGAAGAGAAGUGGGGACAAAUGACAGGAGUGGUGAAGAGUGGAGGGAGAUUAAGAAAUGAAGGAAGUCGAAAAGGAAGGAAGGGAAGAAGGAAUUAGGGAAGGAGACACGCAGUUAGGUAGAGCAGGUCACAGCAUCUACGCUAGAGGGCAGCAUCACCACACAAUAAGGGAUCGUAUGUUUAUUAACUGUAGUUGUGGAGAUGAGCAGGCUUCCUUAAGCAUAGGCAUCAGAUGUGACAUUGGGUAACCAGUGGUUAGGUCAUACAUCAUUGUCAUCACUGUGUGGUCCAGGGGGAAAACGAAAGUCUCACUUUGCAUUCUUUAAGGUUUAAACUGGGUCUAAUCACAUUUGAUAAAUGAUUUAAUAAGAAUUCAUCCAAUCCAAAUAGAUGAUUGUAGAUGAUCAUGAUCAAUAAAACGUCAGUUUUGCCGGGUACAAUGGGUUCUUCGUUAAGUGAAGCAUAAACCCUCCUAAACUCAGUCACUCAGCUUUUUAACACCCACUUUUAUUGAGAUUUUCUCACUGUAUGCAUUAGCAUAGCCACGUCAUAGCAAACACCAAUAUUUUAGGGGUAAAAGAAAUAGAUUUGUGUCAAUACAAAAGUCUGCUUUUUCCCUCAACAGUAGUAAUAUUCUAUUCUCUGUUCUCUGUGAAAUGUGCGGCAAUUAAUGCUAAGCUAUGCCAAGCUUUCCUCAGAACAAGAAAAAUCAGCCUGUGAUAUACAUUAGUUUGCACUGGAUAGUAGAUGUGAACCAAAUGAUUAAAUUAACAUUAAGAUGCCUAUCUGGAACAUUCAAACAACUAACUUAAUUUCUAUCUGGUCCUAAACCAUGGAUGUAAAUGAGCAGACUAUCUCUUUACUGUCAGAGAUACAAAGCAGAGACAGAUCUGAUUUGUUGAUCCCAAACUUCACAGAGCUAGAUGACAGUGAAAAGCUUCACAGGAUGUGACACAAACUGAGGGACACAUCAUUAAAACAGCAACACUGAAUGUGACGGAUAAUUAUCUUGACAUAGCCUAUAUAUGGUACAUAUGGAACCCUGUUUUUUUUUAUCUAUUUAUUUAUUUUAUUUAACUUUCGUCAUUUUUUCUUCUCUUCUUAUUAUUGAAUUGCAUUAUUAUCAUUGACGCUGUGGCAAUAUUAUUCACCUUACAUUCUUGCCAGUGAAGCUUAGUGAAUUGAAACCUGAAUAGAUGCAGGAACGUGUGUGUGUGUGUGUGUCUGUGUGUCUGUGUGUAUGUGUGUAUGUGUGUGUGUGUGUGUCUGUGUGUGUGUGUGUCUGUGUGUCUGUGUGUGGAGUGGGGAGCUGGCCAUGGUGCUGAUCUGGACCAGCACUGUGGAAAUGGCACGUUUUCCGUAGCUAGAAACGAAACUAACGAGCCAUCCACUAGACAGCGGUUCUUUGGCUUUAUAUGACACACUUCUGUUUGAAUAUUCGCGCUUUCACGGUUGUAUUAAUAAGGUCUGCCGGUGACGUCGAAGAUAAAGACCCCGCUGCUGUAUCUUGGCUACACGACUUGGCUUCUCCCUGUUUCCCCGCCACACCGUCCCCAGUUGCUCCAGCCCACCGAUGCUGACACACACUCCUCCUCCGGGCGGUGAGCGGGGCUUGAGCACAGGGACUUGAGUGACACAUGCUGCGGUAGUCUGCCCCUCUGUACGGUCCGUGGAUUAGCUAUAUGCUAAUAUCGAUAGGAGAGAGGAGCCAGUGGAGGCUUCCCGAGUCUGAACAGGCUCCUUUGCAGCCAUGGCUGAAGGUGGAGAAGGAGAGGAUGAAAUCCAGUUCCUCAGGACUGAUGAUGAAGUGGUGCUCCAGUGCGUGGCCUGCAUCCAGAAGGAGAAUCGCAAGUUCUGCCUGGCUGCUGAGGGUCUGGGGAACCGGCUGUGUUACCUGGAGCCCACAUCUGAGGCGAAGUAUGUUCCUCCAGACCUGUGCAUCUGCACCUUUGUGCUGGAGCAGUCUCUGUCGGUACGGGCCCUGCAGGAGAUGCUGGCGAAGAGCGGACAGAACAGUGAAGGGGCAGCGCAGAGCGGCGGACACAAGACUCUUCUGUACGGACAUGCCAUCCUCCUGCGGCAUUCCUUCAGCUCUAUGUACCUGGCCUGUUUGAAGACAUCAAGGUCACAGACAGAUAAGCUGUCCUUUGAUGUCGGCCUGCAGGAGGACUCAACAGGUGAGGCCUGUUGGUGGACCAUCCACCCUGCCUCCAAACAGAGAUCGGAAGGAGAGAAAGUGCGCAUCGGUGAUGACCUCAUCCUCGUCAGUGUGUCCUCAGAGCGAUACCUUCACUUAUCCAUCUCCAACGGCAAUAUCCAGGUGGAUGCUUCCUUCAUGCAAACCCUGUGGAAUGUCCAUCCCAUCUGCUCUGGUAGCAACAUAGAGGAAGGCUACCUGCUGGGCGGUCAUGUGAUGCGGUUGUUCCAUGGACACGAUGAGGUAGUGACCAUCCCGGGAUCAGACCAGAGUGAAGAGCAGCAGAGGAUAGUCAACUAUGAGACGGGUAAUGCCGGCGCCAAGGCCAGGUCCUUGUGGAGGCUGGAGCCACUCAGAAUCAGCUGGAGUGGGAGCCACAUCCGCUGGGGCCAGCCUUUCCGACUGCGCCACCUGACCACUGGUCACUACCUGGCCCUGACCGAGGACCGGGGGUUGGUGCUGCAGGACCGAGAGAAGUCCGACACCGUCGCCACAGCCUUCUGCUUCAGAGUCUCUAAGGAGAAGCUGGAGCAGAGCCCCAAGCGGGACAUCGAGGGCAUGGGGGUGGCGGAGAUUAAAUACGGGGACUCACUCUGCUUCAUCACGCACGUGGCCACAGGACUCUGGCUUUCCUAUCAGGCACCUGAUGUCAAAUCUGCCCGUUUGGGUCCCCUCAAGAGACGAGCGUGUCUACAUUCUGAAGGUCACAUGGAUGAUGGGUUGACCCUGCAGCGCUGUCAACACGAAGAGUCCCGCGCAGCACGCAUUAUCCGCAACACCACCCUGCUCUUCAACAGAUUCAUCAGAGACCUAGACUGUCUGGGUCUUAAGAACAGGGCACUGGUCGCCCUGCCUGUCGAGGAGGUGCUCCAAACUCUCAAUGACCUCAUCACCUAUUUCCAGCUCCCUGACGCUGAGCUGGAGCACGAAGAGAGGCAGAUCAAACUGCGCUCGCUCAAGAACCGACAGAAUCUAUUCAAACAGGAAGGCAUGCUGACUCUGGUGUCCAACUGUAUCGACCGUCUGAACGUGUACAACAGUGCAGCCCACUUUGGAGAGUGUGCCGGGUCUGAAGCCGGAGCAGCCUGGAAAGAUAUUCUCAAUCUGCUGUACGAGCUGCUGGCUGCGUUAAUCCGAGGGAACAGGAACAACUGCACGCAGUUCUCCAACAACUUGGACUGGCUGGUGAGCAAGCUGGAGAGACUGGAGUCUUCUUCAGGCAUCCUGGAAGUUCUGCACUGCAUUCUAAUUGAGAGCCCCGAGGCCCUCAACAUCAUCCAGAGAGGACACAUUAAGUCCAUCAUAUCACUGCUCUACAAGCACGGACGCAACCACAAGAUUCUGGAUGUGCUCUGCUCGCUGUGUGUGUGUAAUGGUGUAGCUGUGCGAACCAAUCAGAACCUUAUCUGUGAUCACUUGCUGCCCAAGAGAGAUUUGCUGCUGCAGACCCAGCUGGUCAAUGAUGUGCAAAGUAUGAGACCGAAUAUCUUCCUGGGGGUGAGCGAGGGCUCAGCUCAGUAUAAGAAGUGGUACUAUGAGCUGAUGAUCGACCAGGUGGACCAUUUUGUGACCAGCGAGCCCUCCCACUUGAGAGUGGGCUGGGCCAACGCUAAAGGAUACGCUCCCUACCCUGGAGGAGGAGAGGGCUGGGGGGGCAAUGGAGUUGGAGAUGACCUCUACUCUUAUGGUUUUGAUGGACUCCACCUCUGGUCAGGUCGUAUCCCGCGGGCGGUUGCGUCCAUGAACCAGCACAUCCUGACCUCAGAGGAUGUAGUGAGCUGUUGUCUGGACCUGGGAGCACCCAGCAUCUCUUUCAGGAUCAAUGGACAGCCUGUCCAGGGCAUGUUCGAAAAUUUCAACACAGACGGCCUCUUCUUCCCUGUUGUCAGCUUCUCUGCAGGGGUCAAGGUGCGAUUCCUUUUGGGUGGUCGACACGGCGACUUUAAGUUCCUGCCUCCGUCGAGCUACGCUCCAUGUUAUGAGGCGCUGCUGCCGAAAGAGAAGAUGAAGGUGGAGCCGGUGAAAGAGUACAAGAGGGAUAUGGAGGGAGUCAGAGAUCUGCUGGGCACCACCCAGUUCAUGUCACAGGCCUCCUUCAUCCCCACACCUGUGGAAACCAGCCAGAUUGUGAUGCCACCUCAUUUGGAGAAGGUUCGGGACAAGCUGGCUGAGAACAUUCAUGAACUGUGGGGCAUGAAUAAGAUUGAGCUUGGCUGGUCGUACGGCAAGAUAAGGGAUGAUAAUAAGCGGCAGCAUCCAUGCCUGGUGGAUUUCUCCAAGCUGCCAGAAACAGAAAAGAACUACAAUCUGCAGAUGUCAACAGAAACUCUAAAGACCCUGCUGGCAUUGGGCUGUCGUGUAGUUCACGUGAAUCCAAAUGCUGAGGACUCCCUCAAGAAGAUAAAACUCCCUAAGAACUACAUGAUGUCCAAUGGCUAUAAGCCAUCUCCGCUGGACCUGUCUGACAUAAAACUGACUCCGGGUCAGGAGCUGCUGGUCGACAAACUGGCAGAGAAUGCGCACAAUGUGUGGGCCAAGGACCGUAUCAAACAGGGAUGGACCUAUGGCAUCCAGCAGGAUCUGAAGAGUAAGCGCAACCCUCGCCUGGUUCCUUAUGUUCUGCUGGAUGAGCGCACCAAGAAGUCGAACAGGGACAGCCUCCGGGAGGCUAUCCGCACCCUGAUUGGCUAUGGAUACAACAUUGAGCCCUCGGACCAAGAAGGCGGACAAGUGGCUGAGCGGCUCAGCAUCGACAAGAUCCGCUUCUUCAGAGUAGAGAGGACGUACUCGGUGAAGACCGGGAAAUGGUACUUUGAAUUUGAGUCUGUGACGGGAGGAGACAUGAGAGUGGGCUGGGCCAGGCCUGGAUGUAAGCCAGAUGUGGAACUUGGCACAGAUGAACUGGCUUUCGUCUUUGAUGGAUACAGGGGCCAUUGUCUGAACAUGGGCAGCCGUUUGUUCGGGCGGUGCUGGCAUGCUGGGGACGUGGUGGGCUGUAUGAUCAACAUGGAGGACAAGUCCAUGAUCUUCACCCUUAAUGGAGAGAUCCUCAUCACCACCAAGGGCUCGGAACUCUGCUUCACCGACUUUGAAACUGAGGAUGGAUUCAUCCCAGUGUGCAGUCUCGGCCUGUCUCAGGUGGGUCGGAUGAAUCUGGGGAAAGAUGCGAGCACCUUCAAGUACUACACCAUGUGCGGCCUUCAGGAAGGGUUUGAGCCCUUCGCUGUCAACAUGAACAGAGAGGUCACCAUGUGGUUCAGCAAGCGUCUGCCUACUUUUGUCAACGUGCCGAAGGACCACAACCACAUCGCAGUGACCAGGAUUGACGGCACCGUCGACAGCCCCCCGUGUCUUAAAGUGACCCAUAAGACGUUUGGCACCCAGAACAGUAACGCCGACAUGGUGUUUUGCCGUCUCAGCAUGCCUGUGGAGUUCCACUCCUUCUUCAAGUCCUGUCCAGUUGUGGACAUGAACGGAGUGCAUGAGGAAGACACCCUUAAAGUCAAACACAGGUAUCCAUUGAGAUCUGUGAGGCACAGUGAUGAAAGCAGACGGGUGGACUACAGCAGCAUCACUUCGUACUAUCAUUCAGUGAGGGUUUUCGCGGGUCAGGACCCUGCCGGCGUGUGGGUUGGAUGGGUUACCCCAGACUACCAUUACCAUAGCAACAAUUUCAACCUCAGCAAAAACAGAACGGUGACUGUAACCCUGGGCGAUGAGCGAGGACGAGUCCACGAGAGUGUGAAGAGGAGUAACUGCUACAUGUUGUGGGGUGGUGACGUGACCAGCGCUGCUCACACCUCCAGUCGCAGCAACGUGGACUUGGAGAUUGGCUGUCUGAUAGACCUGGCCACCGGCCUGGUGACAUUCACUGUCAAUGGCAAAGAGAUAUCCACCUCUUACCAGGUGGAACCGAACACCAAGCUUUUCCCUGCUGUGUUUGUGCGACCCACCAGCCCGAACCUCUUCCAGUUUGAGCUGGCUAAAAUAAAGAACGCCAUGCCUCUGUCGUCAGCCAUCUUUAAGAGUGAACAUAAGAACCCGGUGCCACAGUGUCCGCCGCGUCUAGACGUCCAGACCAUCAAUGCAGUGCUGUGGAGCCGCAUGCCCAACACCUUUCUGAAAGUGGAAACAGCCAGGGUCAAUGACAGACACGGCUGGGUGGUGCAGUGCGUGGAGCCCCUGCAGAUGUUGGCUGUACACAUACCUGAGGAGAACAGAUGUGUCGACAUCAUGGAGCUGUCUGAACAGGAGGACAUGAGGAAGUUCCAUUACCACACCCUGAAGCUCUACUGCGCCCUCUGCGCUCUGGGCAACACCCGCGUGGCCCACGCCCUCUGCAGCCACCUCGACCAAUCCCAGCUCUUAUACACCAUCGACAAUCAGUACCUGUCGGGCAUGUUACGCGAGGGCUUCUACAACGUUCUGAUCAGCAUCCACCUGGAGACUGCAAAGGAGGCGCGGCUCAUGAUGAAAGACGAGUUCAUCAUCCCCGUCACGGCCGAGACACGCUCCAUCCGUCUCUUUAACGACGCUUCCAAAAAGCACCUCCCGCCAGGGGUGGGGCUCAGCACCUCGCUCAAACCACGCCUCAACUUUGCUCCGCUCUGUUUCAUCAGCAACAAACGGGAGCAAUAUCUGUACAGUCCCCAAAUCCCGCUGGAUUCACUGAAGGAGAAAGCGAUUUUGAUGUUGACGGAAGCCGUUCAAGGUGGAGGGCACCACAUCCGAGAUCCUGUGGGAGGAGGUGUGGAGUACCAGUUUGUGCCGAUCCUGAAGCUCAUCAGCACCUUACUGACUAUGGGUGUAUUAGGGAGUGAGGAUGUUCACAAGAUCCUACUGCUCAUCGACCCGAAUGUGUUCAGAGAAACACACCAGGAGGGGGCUGCAGGGGCCACAGACAAAGAAGGACUCACGGGGACAGAGGAGAAGGCAGUGGAAGCUGGAGAAGAGGAGGCAGCGAAAGAGGCUAAACAGCCAAUGAAAGGACUGCUGGAGAAGAGGCUGCCGGAGCCUGUGAAACGACAGAUGUGCGAGCUGCUCCACUACUUCUGCGACUGUGAGCUGAAGCACCGCAUCGAGGCCAUCGUGUCGUUCUCCGACAACUUCGUCUCCAAGCUGCAGUACAACCAGAAGUUCCGCUACAAUGAGUUGAUGCUGGCCCUCAACAUGUCUGCCGCUGUAACGGCAAAGAAGACCAAAGAGUUCAGAUCGCCUCCUCAAGAACAGAUCAACAUGCUGCUGACCUUCAGUAUGGGCGAGGAUUGUCCGUGUCCGACGGACAUCCAGGAGGAACUCUACGUUUUUCACAACCAGCUGCAGCUCCACUGUGGAAUCCCUAUGGAGGAAGACGAAGACGAGCAAGACACAUCUAUCAAAGGUCGCCUCCUAAUGCUGGUGAGCAAGAUCAAAAGCCAGUCUCACAAAGCAGAGGAGCCCACGGAGAAGGAGCAGGCCGCACCAUCCAAUCUGAAGGAGCUGAUCUCUCAGACCAUGGUCAGCUGGGCCCAGGAGUGUCACAUCCAGGACCCAGAGCUGGUCCGUAAGAUGUUCAGCCUGCUGAGGAGGCAGUAUGACAGCAUCGGGGAGCUGCUCCGGGCCAUGAGGAAGACUUACACCAUCAGUGCCGCCUCGGUGCAGGACACCAUCAACCUCCUGGCCUCCCUGGGUCAGAUCAGAUCUCUGCUGUCUGUCCGCAUGGGGAAAGAGGAAGAGAAGCUCAUGAUUGAUGGACUUGGCGAUAUCAUGAACAACAAGGUUUUCUACCAGCACCCAAACCUAAUGAGGAUACUGGGCAUGCAUGAGACUGUCAUGGAGGUCAUGGUGAAUGUGCUUGGAGGAGACAAAUCCCAGGAAAUCGCCUUCCCCAAGAUGGUGGCCAGCUGCUGUCGCUUCCUGUGCUACUUCUGCCGGAUCAGCCGUCAGAACCAGAAAGCCAUGUUUGACCACCUCAGUUACCUGCUGGAGAACAGCAGCGUGGGUCUAGCUUCACCGGCUAUGAGGGGCUCCACUCCUCUAGAUGUGGCUGCUUCCUCAGUGAUGGACAACAACGGCCUGGCUCUGGCACUGGAAGAACCUGAUCUGGACAAGGUGGUCACCUACCUGGCAGGAUGUGGUCUCCAGAGCUGUCCAAUGCUUCUGGCUAAAGGUUAUCCAGACAUUGGCUGGAACCCCAUCGAAGGGGAACGAUACCUUUCCUUCUUGCGGUUUGCCGUCUUCGUCAACGGUGAGAGUGUGGAAGAGAACUCCAGCGUUGUGGUGAAGCUGCUCAUCCGUCGCCCGGAGUGUUUCGGACCGGCCCUGAGGGGAGAGGGAGGGAACGGCCUGCUAGCUGCCAUGAAGGAAGCCAUUAAAAUCUCUGAGACACCUGCUUUGGACCUGCCGGGCUCCGUCCAGGGAGUCUACUCCGACGUGUCUGGUGAUGGUGAUGAUGAAGAGGAGGUGGUUCACAUGGGCAAUGCCAUUAUGUCCUUCUAUUCUGCGCUCAUUGACCUUUUGGGACGUUGUGCCCCAGAGAUGCAUAUCAUCAACAAAGGGAAAGGUGAAGCUCUGCGUAUUCGUGCCAUCUUGCGCUCUCUGGUGCCGACUGAGGACCUUGUGGGAAUAAUCAGCAUACCACUCAAAAUGCCCAUCAUCAACAAAGAUGGGUCGAUGACAGAGCCGGACAUGUCAGCCAGCUUUUGUCCAGACCACAAGGCCCCCAUGGUGCUGUUUCUGGACAGGGUGUACGGUAUUGAGGACCAGAGCUUUCUGCUUCACCUGCUGGAAGUGGGCUUUCUGCCUGAUCUGAGGGCUGCCACCUCUCUGGAUACGGAGGGUCUGUGUACGACAGAGACAGCCCUGGCCAUGAACCGCUACAUCGGCUCAGCCAUGCUCCCCCUCCUCACCCGCUGCGCCCCCCUCUUCGCGGGCACCGAGCACUACGCCAGCCUCAUCGACUCCACUCUUCACACCAUCUACCGCCUUUCCAAGGGCCGGUCCCUCACCAAGGCCCAGAGAGAUGCCAUAGAGGAGUGUCUGCUGUCUGUCUGCAAACACCUUCGUCCCUCCAUGCUGCAGCAGCUCCUGCGCCGCCUUGUCUUUGAUGUGCCCUUGCUGACUGAAUACUGCAAGAUGCCUCUCAGGCUGCUAACCAACCACUAUGAGCAGAACUGGAAGUUCUACUGCCUCCCGUCGGGCUGGGGCAGCUACGGCACAGCAUCUGAGGAUGAACUACUGCUCACCAAGAAAAUCUUCUGGGGAGUGUUUGAUUCUCUGUCCCAGAGGAAAUAUGAUGCAGAGCUAUUCAAGAUGGCCAUGCCUUGCCUCAGUGCCAUAGCUGGAGCUUUGCCACCUGACUAUGUGGACGCCUCUAUUAGUACCGCUGUGGAAAAGCCUGUUUCUGUAGAUGCUCAGGGCAACUUUGACCCAAAACCCAUCAAUACUGCUAACAUUGCCCUCCCAGAGAAGCUUGAGCACUUUGCCAACAAAUAUGCCGAACAUUCCCAUGAGAAAUGGUCUGCAGAGAAGGUGCUGCUGGGAUGGAAAUACGGAGACUGUGUGGAUGAGAAGGCCAAGACUCACCCUCAGCUCAGGACCUACAAAGCCCUAACAGAGAAGGAGAAGGAGAUUUACAGAUGGCCAAUAAGAGAGUCCCUGAAGAGCAUGCUGGCAAUGGGGUGGAGCAUCGAUAGGACCAAGGAUGGAGAGAGUAUGUCUCAACAGAGGGAGAAUGAGAAAAUGAGAAAGAUAUCUCAGACCUCACAGGCAAAUGGGUUCAAUCCGAGCCCGAUAGAUAUGAGCAACGUGGUUCUAUCCAGGGAGCUGCAGGGGAUGGUGGAGGUGGUGGCUGAAAAUUACCAUAACAUCUGGGCCAAAAAGAAAAAAAGUGACCUCGGAAGCAGAGGGGGGGGAACACACCCUCUGCUGGUUCCCUACGACACGCUGACAGCCAAGGAGAAGGCCCGUGAUCGAGAGAAAGCCCAGGACCUUUUUCGCUUCCUGCAAAUCAAUGGCUACAGCAUCACAAGAGGUUUGAAGGACUUGGAGCAGGAUUCUUCUUCCAUGGAGAAGAGGUUUGCCUAUAAGUUUCUCAAGAAGCUGCUCAAGUAUGUGGACUCAGCUCAGGAGUUCAUCACCCACCUGGAGGCCAUGGCUGCCAGUGGAAAAACAGACCGGUCCCCUCAUGAGCAAGAAAUCAAGUUUUUCGCCAAAGUUCUUCUCCCUCUCAUCGACCAGUACUUCAAGAACCACUCUCUCUACUUCCUCUCCUCCCCCAACAAGAACCUGAGCAGCAGCGGUUACGCCUCCAACAAGGAGAAGGAGAUGGUCACCAGCCUGUUUUGUAAACUGGCAGCUCUUGUCAGACAUAGGAUUUCACUCUUUGGGAGUGACUCCACCACCAUGGUGAGCUGUCUGCACAUCCUGGCGCACACUCUGGACACCAGGACGGUGAUGAAGUCGGGCUCAGAGAUGGUGCGGGUGGGGCUGCGGACGUUCUUCGAGAACGCCGCAGAGGACCUGGAGAAGACGUUUGAGAACCUGAAGCUGGGGAAGUUCACUCACUCCCGCUCGCAGAUGAAAGGGGUGUCGCAGAAUAUCAACUACACCACUGUAGCUCUGCUCCCCAUCUUAACCGCUCUGUUUGAACACAUCACUCAGCACCACUUUGGAGUCGACCUGCUGCUGGAUGAUGUCCAAGUGUCCUGCUAUCGAAUCCUGACCAGCCUCUAUGCACUGGGCACUGGAAAAAACAUCUACGUAGAAAGACAGCUGCCAGCUCUGGGCCAGUGUCUGGCCACCCUUGCUGGGGCCAUGCCUGUGGCCUUCUUGGAGCCAUUGCUCAACACGUACAACCCCUGCUCGGUUUUUAAUACCAAGAGUGCCCGAGAACGAGCCAUCCUCGGCAUACCAGACUCAGUGGAGGAGGUGUGUCCCGGGAUUCCGCGGCUGGACGGCCUGAUGAAGGACAUCAAUGACAUGGCUGAGUCUGGAGCGCGGUACACAGAGAUGCCGCACGUUAUAGAGGUGGUGUUGCCUAUGCUGUGCAACUAUCUGUCCUACUGGUGGGAGAGGGGUCCUGAGAACCAGCCAGCCAGCGGGGGCAGCGUCUGCUGCACCACCGUCACCUCAGAGCACCUCAGCCUCAUUCUCGGCAACAUCCUCAAGAUCCUCAACAACAACCUGGGCAUCGAUGAGGCGUCCUGGAUGAAGAGGAUUGCAGUAUACGUGCAACCCAUCAUCAGCAAGGCUCGCGCUGACCUGCUGAAGAGCCACUUCCUGCCCACUCUGGAGAAGCUAAAGAAGAAGACGGUGAAGGUGGUGGCUGAGGAGGAGCUGUUAAAGGCGGACAGUAAGGGAGACACCCAGGAGGCCGAGCUGCUCAUCCUGGAUGAGUUUGCUGUACUCUGCAGGGACCUGUACGCCUUUUACCCCAUGCUUAUCCGCUACGUGGACAACAACAGGUCCAGGUGGCUGAAAGAACCAGAUGCUGACUCCAAUGAUCUCUUCAGAAUGGUCGCUGAGAUUUUUAUCCUCUGGUGCAAGUCACAUAAUUUCAAACGAGAGGAACAGAACUUUGUGGUUCAAAAUGAAAUUAACAACCUUUCCUUCUUGACUGGAGAUAAUAAAACCAAGAUGUCUAAGUCCUCUAAGGAAGAGUCUGGAGGACAAGACCAGGAGAGGAAACACAAGAAAAGGCGCGGUGAGUUCUACUCCAUCCAGACCUCGCUGAUUGUGGCCGCUCUGAAGAAGAUGCUGCCAAUCGGCCUCAACAUGUGUACGCCAGGAGAUCAGGAGCUCAUAUCUCUAUCCAAGACUCGCUACCUCCUGAAAGACACAGAUGAUGAGGUCAAAGAUCACAUUCGGCAGAAUCUGCAUCUUAGAGAAAAGUCAGAGGACCCUGCAGUGAGGUGGCAGCUAAACCUGUACAAGGACAUAGUGAUGAGGAGCGAGUGGCCUCCAGACCCUGACAGGGUGGUGGACCGUAUCCAGAGGAUCUCUGCUGCUGUCUUCAACCUGGAGCAGGUGGAGCAGCCACUGAGAUCCAAAAAAUGUGUUUGGCAGAAGUUACUGUCCAAGCAGAGGAAGAGAGCGGUUGUAGCCUGCUUCCGCAUGGCUCCACUCUAUAAUCUACCAAGGCAUCGCUCUAUUAACCUCUUCCUCCUGGCCUAUCAGAGAAUAUGGAUAGAAACAGAGGAGUACUCUUUUGAGGAGAAGCUAGUGCAGGAUCUUGCAAAGACGCAGCCCAAAGUGGAGGAAGAGGAAGAGGAGGAGGUCAGAAAACAACCGGACCCGCUUCACCAGCUCAUUCUGCAUUUCAGCCACAACGCUCUGACUGAGUGCAGUUCUUUGGAAGAGGAUCCCCUGUACAUCGCAUAUGCAGAUAUGAUGGCAAAGAGUUGUGCUGAAGGUGAAGAAGAGGAAGACGAGGAAGGGAAAGAGAAAACAUUUGAGGAAAAGGAAAUGGAGAAGCAAAAGAUGCUGUAUCAGCAAGCCAGGCUUCAUGACCGAGGGGCUGCAGAGAUGGUGCUCCAGAUGAUCAGCGCCAGCAAAGGUCGACUCGCUGCUAUGGUGACGUUCACCCUCAAACUGGGUAUCUCCAUUCUGAACGGGGGAAACACACUUGUCCAGCAGAAAAUGCUGGACUAUCUGAAGGAGAAAAGAGAUGUUGGCUUUUUCAAAAGUUUAUCUGGACUGAUGAUGUCCUGCAGUGUCCUGGACUUGAACGCGUUUGAAAGGCAAAACAAAGCUGAAGGUCUGGGGAUGGUUACUGAAGAGGGAUCAAUCAACGUGAGUGAGCGGGGUUCCAAGGUACUGCAGAAUGAUGAGUUCACUAAGGAUCUCUUUAGGUUCCUGCAGCUUCUCUGUGAGGGCCACAACAAUGAUUUUCAGAACUUCUUGAGGACUCAAACAGGGAACACAACUACGGUCAACAUAAUCAUUAGUACUGUAGACUACCUACUAAGACUCCAGGAAUCCAUCAGUGAUUUUUACUGGUACUACUCUGGUAAGGACAUCAUUGAUGAGGCCGGUCAAAGGAACUUCUCCAAAGCACUGGCAGUGGCCAAGCAGGUCUUCAACUCUUUAACUGAGUAUAUACAGGGUCCAUGCAUUGGGAAUCAACAGAGUCUGGCUCACAGCAGGCUGUGGGAUGCUGUGGUGGGAUUCCUGCAUGUUUUUGCCAACAUGCAGAUGAAGUUAUCCCAGGACUCGAGUCAGAUUGAAUUACUGAAGGAGCUGCUGGACCUACAGAAGGACAUGAUCGUUAUGAUGCUCUCUCUUCUCGAAGGUAAUGUUGUCAAUGGCACCAUUGGCAAACAAAUGGUGGACACUUUGGUGGAAUCUUCAAGCAACGUGGAGAUGAUCCUAAAAUUCUUUGACAUGUUCCUCAAGUUGAAGGAUUUAACCACCUCAGACAGCUUCAGGGAGUAUGACUCUGAGAGCAAAGGGAUCAUUUCAAAGAAGGAUUUCCAGAAGUCCAUGGAGAACCAGAAACAGUACUCCCAGUCUGAGAUUGAGUUUCUUCUCUCUUGUGCUGAGGCCGACGAGAACGACAUGUUCAACUACGAGCAGUUUGUGGAGAGAUUCCACGAACCCGCCAAGGACAUUGGCUUUAACGUAGCCGUGCUGCUAACCAAUCUCUCCGAGCAUAUGCCCCACGAUGCUCGCCUUUCUACCUUCCUCGACCUGGCUGAGAGCGUUCUCAGCUACUUUGAGCCCUUUUUGGGUCGUAUUGAGAUCAUGGGUGGAGCCAAGCGCAUCGAGAGAGUCUACUUCGAGAUCAGCGAGUCGAGUCGUACUCAGUGGGAAAAGCCUCAGGUGAAGGAGUCGAAGCGGCAGUUCAUCUUCGAUGUUGUCAAUGAAGGCGGAGAGAGCGAGAAGAUGGAACUGUUUGUCAACUUCUGUGAGGACACCAUCUUUGAGAUGCAGCUGGCUUCCCAAAUUUCAGAGCCAGACCCGGUGGAGCGCCCGGAGGAGGAGGAAGACGACAACCAGAGUGUGGUGGAGAACCAGGAGGAGGCAGAGGAGGAAAGCAUGAUGUUGGAGUCUUCCUCUGCCUUCACAAUCGCCUGCAUCUCGUUGAGAAAAAGCCUGUGCCACUUCCGCCAGAUGCUGACUCUCAAGAGCAUGAGGCGGCAGUACAGGAAGUUCAGGAAGAUGAGUGUGAAGGAGAUGGUGCGAGGUUUCUUCUCUUUCUUCUGGGUGAUCAUCACGGGACUCUUCCACUUCGUCUACAGCCUCAUUUGGGGUUUCUUCCACAUCUUGUGGACCACUAUGUUUGGCGGCGGCCUCGUUGAAGGGGCUAAAAAUAUGAAAGUGACAGAUAUUUUGGGAAACAUGCCAGAUCCCACUCAGUUUGGCAUCCAUGGAGAUGUGUUGGAGACGGAGAAGUUGGAGGCGAGCGAAGCGUCGGCGUUGGCAGAGAUGGGUCAGAUGGCUCAGGGGGAAGCAGCAGAGGCAGACCUGAUGGCUGAGCUGCUGAACAUACAGCCCAAGAAGGAGGGAAAGCACACGGCGGAGCCUGGUUUGGGGGAUGUGUCUGAGGUGGUGGUGGGGGACGCUCCGUCUAUUGCCAGUGCCGUCAAACAGAAGAAGGCACAGCUGGCUGCGAAGAAGAGGGCUGCGAAUGGAGACUACAAAUCUGACUCAGAGAAAGGAGAUUCAGAAGACGGUGAGAAGAAGGACCACGACAAAGCCAAAGACGAAGCCCCUCCAGAGCACGCGGCGGAGGAGAAGAAAGCCCCAAAGAAGAGGCUCGGCCAGAAGAAAGAACCACCAGAGGCGUUCAUGGCCAGCUUCUUCGCCGGCCUGGAAGUCUACCAGACUAAGAUGCUGAACUACCUGGCCAGAAACUUCUACAACCUCCGCUUUCUGGCACUUUUCGUUGCCUUUGCCAUCAACUUCAUUCUGCUCUUCUACAAAGUAACCGGGGAUUACUCGGACGAUGAAGACCCCUGGAAUGGCCGAGGUAGAGCUGGGGAGGAGGAAGAUGAAGGGGCGCUUGAGUACUUCGUCCUGCAGGAGAGCACAGGCUACAUGGCGCCUACGCUUCGCUGUCUGGCAAUACUACACACUAUCAUAUCUUUCCUGUGUGUAGUGGGAUACUACUACCUGAAGGUGCCACUGGUGGUUUUUAAACGUGAGAAGGAGAUAGCGAGGAAGUUAGAGUUUGCCGGCCUCUACAUCACUGAGCAGCCGUCUGAUGAUGACAUCAAAGGACAGUGGGACAGACUGGUCAUCAAUACCCCUUCUUUCCCAAACAACUACUGGGAUAAAUUUGUCAAACGCAAAGUGAUCAAAAAAUAUGGAGACCUGUAUGGCGCGGAGAGGAUAGCGGAGCUGCUGGGCCUGGAUAAGAGUGCCCUGGAUUUCAACCCUACAGAGGAAACUGUCGCCAAGGAGGCUUCAUUGGUGUCAUGGUUGAGCUCAAUCGAUACAAAGUACCACGUCUGGAAAAUGGGAGUGGUGUUUACAGACAAUUCUUUCCUGUACCUAGUGUGGUACACCACCAUGUCCAUUCUGGGCCACUACAACAACUUCUUCUUCGCCGCCCAUCUGCUGGACAUCGCCAUGGGCUUCAAGACCCUCCGCACCAUCCUCUCCUCUGUCACACACAAUGGCAAACAGCUGGUGCUGACGGUCGGCCUGCUGGCAGUUGUGGUCUAUCUCUACACUGUGGUGGCCUUCAACUUCUUCAGGAAGUUCUACAACAAGAGCGAGGAUGAGGAUGAGCCGGACAUGAAGUGUGAUGACAUGAUGACGUGCUACUUAUUCCACAUGUACGUUGGGGUGAGAGCAGGAGGGGGCAUCGGGGAUGAGAUCGAGGACCCGGCAGGUGACCCGUAUGAGCUCUACCGCAUCCUUUUUGACAUUACCUUCUUCUUCUUUGUCAUCGUCAUCCUCCUGGCCAUCAUCCAGGGUUUGAUCAUUGAUGCCUUUGGAGAGCUGAGAGACCAGCAGGAACAAGUCAAAGAGGACAUGGAGACCAAAUGUUUCAUUUGCGGGAUCGGUAAUGAUUACUUCGACACAACACCUCACGGCUUUGAGACCCACACCUUACAAGAGCACAAUUUGGCCAACUACCUGUUUUUCUUGAUGUACCUUAUCAACAAGGAUGAGACAGAGCACACUGGCCAGGAGUCAUAUGUGUGGAAGAUGUACCAGGAGCGAUGCUGGGAUUUCUUCCCAGCUGGAGAUUGCUUCCGCAAACAGUAUGAAGAUCAGCUUGGAUAGAGCAGAUGCAUCCUCUUUACCUCUAUCGAUAUGAAGUGGGCUGCUGGAAUACGUAGUCCCACGUGCAGCUGCUGGACUACAACACCACAAAGUCAUCCCACCAAUGCUUUGGACUUGCCUGAGGAGAGACAAAGCAAAACUACUACUUUUUAUCCAAAAUAAGAGAAACAUCUCCUACCCAUGUCAGAUGUACCUUUGUCACCGUUGGUACAGUCUGUACCCGUCUGUGAGGAAAUGACCUGUAACUCGCCCAGACAUUUUGAUUUUUUUUUUUAGUUUUAGGACUCGUUUUUGACAGCGUGUUGCCUUUUACUCCACAUAACCCCAAAUCAUUGCACAAUUUUUUUUGUCUUUUUGAGAAACACUGGGUUGUGUGGGGUUAUGGGACAAUGUGUCGGUCACAUUAUGCACAAGAACCCAACUUCAAUAUUUUGAGAAUGUUGAACUUGAGACUUAAUGCCAAAAGAAAAGCAGAGAAGUUCAGUAGAUAAAUGUAGUGUGCAAAAAUGUGAUAUGGAAAAGUUUUUUUUUCAGAUGUUGUAACCUUGCAUAUUGAGAUGAAGUUUUAGAAUGAAAUGGCAAAAGGUUUAUUAUGUAGGAUUAAAAAAAAUGCCUAAAUUUUUUCAUGAAGUGCCUUACUGUACUGUAUCUACAUUACAAUGAAGCUAUGCAAAACUUUUGUUUUAUUGUAUGUAAGUACAGUAAUUUUCCUGGAGCAGUAACAAGUAGCUGUCCAGAUAUGUAGUUUGUGGCUGAGAUUUUUCAUUUGAAGAUGGAAGAACAGCAUUGGUUUGAUUUAUUUUUUUGCUGAAUGCAGAAUAACUGCAAACGUUCAAGGUACGAAGUGUAUAAAUGACACGUCAGAAUUUACCGAACACCUUCAAACAAGAACAAAAAUUAAAUUGCUAUUGUAUGGCCAUUUGUAUGUAGUAGCUUUGCUGAUCUGUGCAUUUCUUUUGAUGGAAAAAAUAAAGAAAUCAAUGCAAGAAAUGUUAA